AUGUAUGCAUCUCAAACUGCGACGCCAAGGCAGAAUGCGGCGCCUGGGCCAAGGAACCAGGCAAAGAAUGUCCGCUCCAUGUCUGCUGCGGCAAAUCAGGAUUCUGCGGUACGACCGAGCACCGACUUGGGAUGCCAGUCCAAUUGCCCACAACCGCCAUCGACUGGGUUGAGCAACGGCAACGUGACUAGCAUUGUCAUUGGCUAUUAUGAAUCAUGGGCACCAUAUCAUCAAGGAAAUUGCCCCAAACGUCCACCAAGUUGGAUCAAGACAGACUCCAUCUCUCACUUGAACGUUGCUUUUGGCUACAUUCAGCCCGAGACGUACGAGAUUGCCCCGGACUUGUCAAGUGAUGAAAUCAUGGACCAAAUCAUUCAUCUGAAAGAAGAUGCUCCAGGUUUGAAAAUUUACAUUUCGCUUGGAGGCUGGACUUACUCAGACAAUGACACCGAUACACAAGCAGUCUGGGGAGACCUAGCGAGCACCCCCAUCAAACGUCAAAAGUUUAUUUCGCAACUCGCAAAUUUUAUGUUACACUUUGGCUUUGAUGGAGUAGACUUGGAUUGGGAAUAUCCAGGUGCACCAGAUCGCGGGGGUAAAGAUCGAGAUGUCGAUAAUUUCGUCGCCCUCGUGAAAGAUAUCAGAACAUACUGGGACGCACAAUCUAUGGGAUGGGGACUCACAUUUACCGCUCCCACAUCCUAUUGGUACAUGCGGUGGUUUGACAUUGAGAAUCUGGUCAAACAUGUCGACUGGAUAAAUCUCAUGACCUAUGACCUUCACGGCAGUUGGGACUCGCCCGAAGACCAGAUAGGCUCAUAUGUCUAUGCACACACAAACCUAAGUGAGAUCCAGGACGCCCUCAACCUGCUGUGGAGAAACAACGUGCCCGCAAACAAGGUCAACUUGGGCCUUGGCUUCUACGGGCGCUCAUAUACCCUUGAAGAUCCUUCCUGCACUCUUCCAGGCUGCGCAUUUAGCAGUGGAGGUCGCGCUGGCGCCUGCACGGGCGAGUCGGGAAUCCUUUCAUACAACGAAAUCUCCCAAAUCGCAGACUACAAAAAGGUCAAGCCCGUCAGGGAUGACAAAGCUGCAGCCAUGUACUUUGCCUUUGAUCAAGACCAAUGGGUCUCGUACGAUAACGCAGCAACAAUCAAAGAGAAAGUCGACUUUGCCGACAAACAGGGGUUACUGGGCUUGUUUAUAUGGGCACUGGAUCUUGACAAUGAUAAUUAUGAUGCGCUCGCAGCAGUGCUAGAUACUAGAGGGGGUCUCGGGACCUUUGGGCCGCAAAACGGAAAGGGGCCUGCCAAUGACACGAAAUGGCAGCCGUCAGUGGGUGGCUGUUACCUGGGAGAGUGUGCAAAAGAUCCGUCCUGUGGUGGGGGUUACCAGAGCGUCGGGGACAAGGUUCGCUGCGACGACGAAAACGAGCACCGCUGGGUAUGCUGCCCUCGAGGGAAUGCUCCUGAUGCUUCGACCUGUGAAUGGAAAGCCUCGCUGGCAUCCUGGGCAGGUGCUGCGUCUCCGCCUUGCACAAAUCAUUGCGAUUCGGACCAGGUGACUAUUGCCAAGAGCAAGUGGUUCAUUGAAAAAGAAAAUGAUCAGGGAGACAAAAAGUGUUCGAGUGGUUUCGCAGUUUACUGCUGCAAAGCAAAAACAGACGCCAAAGAAUCGUGCGGCAUGAUGAGCGACGAGUGUAUCAGCAUUGGAGACGAUGGGAAGCCAAAAGGGGACGACCCCUGCUCCAAGGUCGGUCGCAAAUUUGUCACAUACUCCCAGGACACCUGUGCCGAGGGGUCUUGGCGACCCUGGUGUUGUGAUGACUCCUUCGACAAGGGGUCGGAAUGCAAAUGGCAAGGCCCGGCUGGUGAUGAAUGGCCCUCUGAAGAUUGCGAAAAUGCGCGCCAUUGCUCUUCGGGACAGGUACUCAUUGGUGUGUCGAAAAAGGGAGGCGGCAGUGACUGCGCGCACAAGUACUAUGCAAAGCCCCCGGCCAAUCCAAACUGGGGCAUUGGGCACCCGAUGAUGAUGGAGCGUGCUCUCUGCUGUCCUGCGGGUGAGACAACCUUUGAGAAAAAGGCGCCGGUUCCGCUUGCCUGGCUGUUCCCAGACAAGGUUCCCGACAGCGACGUUCAGAACUGGGAUCUCGAGAUCGAAGCAGACGCCAGCGAGAAUGAAGAUCCAAACGAGAAUGGGUUUGGUUGGGUCAUCAUGACUGGUCCCGACAAGGACAUAACAUCGCUCGACAAGCGUGACGGGUCACACUGGGAAUUAUUCGACUGCCCUGAUAGAGAAACCAUGGAUGAGGGCGGCCGGUACACCGUUCGAGCUGUCUGUUCAGAUGACACUGAAGAUAGCAAUUGCGAUAGAAUAUUCCUAGGCCAGGUCGAGAGAACAGUCGUCGAGAUGCCUCCCACAUGUGGCAUCGGUCGCCACGCCAUGGCGGUGAGCAUGGAGCCGGCAGAGGAGCAAGGUUUACCCCAUUACCUGGUCAAGCGACUGGUCAAGAGAGGUAGUAACCUGAGCCAGCCGCCUCGCGUCUAUGACUUUGUCUUUGACUAUGACUUUUCCGUCUUGCACGGCAGAUCCGACUCGGACGUCCAGAUCCGCGUGGACUACUCGGACGACCCGCAUUACUGGUCAGCAUUCGUCAACCAUGAUCCAAACGUUCCUCCCGUCAAGCGCGACAACGUCCGGCGGUCGAUGGAAGCAGAGGUCGAAAGAGACUUUGGAGGGUCAUGGGUACGCUAUACUAAUCAUCGCUAUCGCAAAGAGCGCCGCGAAACGCCUGAACACGAGAUGGAGCACUUCAAUAAACGGUACCACGGUGGCUCGGCCGCAACUUGGCGCAAUGCAAUGGCCAUCUUGAACAAUGAAGAGUUUGAACAGGAGAUCACCUCACCUGUGCAUCAUGUCAAGGAAACUUUUCCUUUCUAUCUAUUCAACGAGAAUCUCCAAUGUACUCUUGGCGGUAUUCCAUUCGAUGCAUACUUUACCGUCUGGGCGGACCUUCAUGUCGAUAUCCAGACGUCUGCUCAGCUGACGCUCAUUGGGCGACUAAAUGAUCUGAGCUCUUUCAAAGAAUCUCACGUCCUAUUUCGCAACAGAGGCUCAGUCCAAGCCGGGCUCCAUAUGCAGGCUCUUGCUCAGCUUCGCUUCUCGACAGGGCCUUUGGAGUUAUUUGGAGCGGCCAACUUUGGAGCCGCUUUCAAGGUCCCAGGUAUAGUGACUAUUGGACCGAAUCUUAGGGUCUUGGGGGAACUGACCGGAACCUUUACUGUUCAUACUCAAGCGCAUUAUGAACUUCAAGUUUCGGAUUGGGACUUUACACAGCGAUAUCCCAACGAUGGCAACGACGUUGAGUCUGGGCUUACGGGUGGAUCGCAUAUCGGUGAUUCUCCCGGGCCCGGAGCUCAGCCUGGUAAAAAUGACACCUCGUUCAGGGCAGAUGUGGCCGCGUCGGGCGAUUUGACGUUGAAAAUAACACCGCUUGUCGAGUUUGGUAUACGAUGGGACCCAAAAUUUAAAGUAGUACCAACUGCCGUUUCACUCCAGCUAUACACUUACGCCACCCUUUACGGUAGAGCCGGAGUUGGUACUGAUACAGCACCAUAUGCAUGUUAUGGUGCAGUGUGCGGAGUAGAUCUUUUUGCAAAACUCGAAGGACCGUACGUCUUCCGAUACACCCAUUGGGAUUGA